AUGAAGACCGCAAACUCCAGUGUUUCACAGCACACAGAGUUGUUUUACUACGCGCUAGACCAACUGACAGCAUCUUCUAAAAGAAACCUGGAAGAGAUGAUUUCCAGGGAAUCCCGUUCCCUGGUCCUGUACUUCAUCUUGACGCAGUCAGCUCUCUCCAUCACGGUCGCUCCUCUGGCAAUCGACACGAACCACAACCUCAGCGAUCCUGGCGUGGACAUGAUCAAUGCCAAAUAG